AUUCCCCAUAGAGCUCGUCUCGUCGCCAUCAUGUGGUGCCAUGUUACCCAAAUCCACAUCCCUGCUUUCUCGCUUUCAUACUUAAACAUGCCCUCUCAUGCUCUAAAUCCUGAACUAGUUUAUCAGAUAUUCAUUGUCACAUCUUCCCGAUAUUCCUUUCAUUUCAUUCCUAAGGUGUUCAUGAUAUUCGUCUAUCGUGAUUAGAAAUGCUUUAAUCACCUCUGUCCUUUUGUCUUGCAAUAUAUUCCAGCUUUUCAUUUGUCGGACUAACAAAUACUAAAUACUUCCAUCUGAUCUGUUUGGAUCUUUCAUGAAGGAAUUUCUUGUUCAGUCGAAUCUAUAAAGGCCAGAGCUCAGUGAGAGUCGAUGACCCUAAAUCCAUCAUCUACCAUGAGCGACGACGCGGCGAAGGCGACCGGCAUGACUGCCAUGAGGCAGAUGGUUCAAGAGUUACUUCAGAAAUGGCAGCCCCUCGCGGUUAGGCCAAAGGAAGACCAACCCAAAACGUCCGGCAUUCCCCCCUCCGUCGACAAGCGGCUGAAGAGUCUGUGUUGGGACUCAGACGAGGAGUGCUGCCAUAGCCCGGAGGCCCCUCCGGACGUGCCCAAGGGAUACUGCCCUGUUUAUGUAGGACCGGAGCAACGGAGGUUUGUGAUACCGACGACCUACCUGGGCCUCCCGGUGUUCAGGCUGCUGCUCGAGAAAGCCGAGGAGGAAUUCGGGUUUAAUCACAAGGGAGUGCUCACGAUCCCCUGCGAGAUCGAGACGUUCAAGUACAUCCUCCAGUUUAUGGAGCGGCAUGCAGAGGGCCUCGUCGAUGAUUAUGGAGGAAAUCCAACUGGGCGAGCAGGGGCUGAGGAAUAGCAACGCCUGGAAUUGAAUGGAUUGAUAUCGAGCUUGCACUCUCUGAAUCGAAUUGUUGUUGUUUUCAUGUGACAAUUUUAUGUUAGAGAUCUGAUCUGAUGGGAUUCAGUUUACAAGCUGAAGGAAUUGGUUUCUUACAUGUUUUAAUA